CUAGGAAAUCGAACGAAUUGAAUUGUUAUUCUUGCCGGGUGCACAGGAAAUUGUUUAUAAAUAGAACUGUCGCGCAUAAAAAACAACAGUGGAAAGUUUUAUCGUUUAGUUCUGCUACAAGUUCAGCCCAGUACCACAAUCCAGCAACAUGUCGAAACUCAUCCGUUGGGGAAUCGCUUCAGCCGGCAAGAUCAGCGAGGACUUCGUCAUCGCCCUCAGCACCCUGCCCUCCAGCGACCACAAGGUUCAGGCUAUAGCUGCCCGAGCACUUGAUCGCGCCCAGGAGUUCGCCACCAAGCACGGCAUUCCCAAGGCCCUCGGAAGCUACGAGGAGCUGGCCAAGAGCACCGAUGUCGAUGUGGUCUACAUUGGCACCCUGAAUCCCCAGCACUACGAGGUCGCCGUACUGAUGCUGAACAAUGGCAAGCACGUUCUCUGCGAGAAGCCUCUGGCCAUGAACAAGAAGCAGGUGGAGGGCAUCCUUGCCGCUGCCAAGGCCAACAAGCGCUUCUUCAUGGAGGCCGUGUGGUCGCGAUUCUUCCCCUCGUACCAGCGCGUUAAGGAGCUCAUCUCCAACGGACAGCUGGGCCAAGUCAAGGAUGUGGAGGUCAACUUUGGCUUCCCUCUGGCCCAUGUGGACCGCUUGCAAAAACGCGAUUUGGGAGGCGGUGUGGUCUACGAUCUGGGCAUCUACACCAUCCAGGUCUCGCAGUGGGCCUUCCAGGAGAAACCAGAGAAGAUCGAGUCCAAGGGAACCCUGAACGCCGAGGGCAUCGACGAUGAUGUGAGCGCCACUCUGACCUACAGUGGUGGACGCACUGCUCGCAUGCGCUUCUCCUCCAAGGAGAAGCUGUCCAACACCGCCGUGAUCAAGGGCACCAAAGGACAAGUUACCCUGGUUGAUUUCUGGACGCCCAACAAGCUCAUCGACAUCGAUGGCCAGGAAAAGGAGUGGCUGCCUCCCAAGGGAAAGUACGAGACCAACUAUGCCAACUCCGAGGCCAUGCGUUAUGAGGCGGAGGCUGUGCGUCAGUCCAUCAUCGCCGGCGAUGUGGAGAACAAGAACGUCACCUACGCCGACAGUCUGCUCUUUGCCGAGAUCGAGGACACCAUCCGCAAGCAGAUCGGUGUGCUCAACAAGUACGAUGAGCAGUAAAUGUAGAUUUUAUAGGUAAACAUGUAACCCUAACAUAAUAAACAGAAAUUUUUACAAA